GUCGCGGUGCUCAGGGGCCGCGAGGAUUACUUGCCUUCUGGUUGCCUGUGCGUUGGGGCUUCCUGGCCGCCAUGGUGUCAGACGAAGAUGAAUUGAAUCUUCUGGUUAUCAUAGUUGAUACCAACCCAAUUUGGUGGGGAAAGCAAGCGUUAAAGGAGUCUCAGUUUACUUUAUCAAAAUGCAUAGAUGCCGUGAUGGUGCUGGGAAAUUCUCACUUAUUCAUGAAUCGUUCCAACAAACUUGCCGUGAUAGCAAGUCACAUUCAAGAAAGUCGAUUCUUAUAUCCUGGGAAGAAUGGCAGACUUGGAGACUUUUUUGGAGACCCUGGCAACCCUCCUUCCGAAUUCAGCCCCUCAGGGAGCAAGGACGGCAAAUACGAGUUGUUCACAGCAGCAAAUGAAGUUAUUGCUGAAGAAAUUAAAGACCUCAUGACCAAGAGUGACAUAAAGGGUCAACACACGGAGACUCUGCUGGCGGGAUCCCUCGCCAAAGCUCUUUGCUAUAUUCAUAGGAUGAACAAGGAGAUUAAAGAUAAUCAGGAAAUGAAAUCAAGGAUUUUGGUGAUCAAGGCUGCGGAAGACAGCGCGCUGCAGUAUAUGAACUUCAUGAAUGUCAUUUUUGCAGCACAGAAGCAGAAUAUUUUGAUCGAUGCCUGUGUUUUAGACUCGGAUUCAGGACUCCUCCAACAGGCUUGUGACAUCACAGGGGGACUGUACUUGAAGGUGCCUCAGAAGCCCUCCCUUCUACAGUAUUUGCUGUGGGUUUUUCUUCCUGAUCAAGAUCAAAGAUCUCAGUUAACCCUCCCACCCCCGAUUCACGUGGAUUACCGGGCCGCUUGCUUCUGUCACCGAAACCUCAUCGAAAUUGGCUACGUCUGUUCUGUGUGCUUGUCGAUAUUCUGCAGUUUCAGUCCCAUCUGCACCACCUGCGAGACAGCCUUUAAGAUUUCGCUGCCUCCCGUGCUGAAGGCCAAGAAAAAGAAACUGAAAGCGUCCGCGUGAUAAUAAGACCCACCUCCGCCCUACACACACACUGCCCAUGUUUUCGGGCCUGUGAAUAGAAAUUGUACGGCACAGUCUGUGUUGGGAAGGCCCUGAAAAAAAUACAGCACGCGUAGGAUAAUUUUUACUGACCUUUCCUACAGGAAAGGUUUCUAAACCAUUUUCCUCAUCCUGUGCUUUCAGGGGACUGCUUUAUUUGAGGGAGUCAUUCUAUCCAAUGUGCCCCCAAAUCAUUUCUGACUGGUUUGGGGCCACAAAGGGAGAAGAGAAGAAAGCACAAGUUAGUGGCUUUUUAAAAUCUUUUGUUUUUUUUUUAAUAAGGUGCUCAUUUGUCAGUCGGCCCGACCUGACUGAUGGCAGGCUUUAGACUCUGUUAGGUUCUUACUGUGAACGCCCGACCCGUGAAAUUGGAGCGUAGCUUUGGAAACAGCACUACUCGACAUACACCAUCUUCCUUGAAUCCACAGCUGACCUUUACAGUAGUGGGAUAAUUAGUAAAUAAGUAAAUAAGAUCCUUACUGUUGAAAUUCAGAUUUAGCUUCAGAUUCAGAUAUUUUUUUCUUUUCUCGGACAUCAUUACGUGUCUGGACACAGCCAUCCAAAUAGUAACAGUUAGUCAGCAAGGAAGUACAAAGUGUGAUCCCAAGUGAGCGAGGAGAGCAGGCGCAGGACUCUGGCGGCAGCUUUUUCUUCAGAGAGAGCGGGCGUGAGAGUUGAUUGGCGAAAGCCAGUGUCUGCGGGCGGGGGAGGGGCUCUCCUGGGGAGAAUGGGUUCUUUACGGUUCUGUCUUGCCCCCCACAUAGAAUUCUUGCCUUUUGUAAUCAGGGGGG